AAGAGGGAACCCAGAUUUCUUCACAAACCUCAGUGCCGUGCAUUACGUUGAGAAAACAUGUGAGUUUAGUAACUGUUUUUAAAGAAAUAAAGUCACAUACAUUUACAAUGACCAACUUUUUCUGUUUAAAUUUAUUGUAUUUUUGGUAUGAAAAGUGUCCAACAGGAUCUUUGUGACUUUGCAACAUAACUGGACUCAGAUAUUCAGCGGUGAGAUGAUUACCUUAAGGUGUGAAAUCCAAGGAGGGGAAAACACCGGGUGGCAGUAUGAAUGGAGAACAACAAGCUCAAGAACCCCUCCAACACAGCGAGAAUACAACAUUAGCAGUGCUUCUUUUUCCUACAGUGGGAACUGUUGGUGUAAGGGCAGAAGAGGCUUGUACUUCUCGACAGCUUGGAGUGAUGCUUUCACACUAAGAGUCUCUUCAAAUAAACCCAGUGCGACAAUUGCAGCUGAUAGAAGAACCAUACCAGCUGGAGGCAACGUAACACUGACCUGCUCUGUGGCGAGCUACACUGGGUUGAAAUACUUCUGGUUCAGGCGUACCUCGUUCUCUUCUGAAAUUCAGAUGAUUAGAGACGAAGAACCAGAUCGAGUAAUCAGUGUCUCACAGGGAGGCGUCUACUACUGCAAGGGAGGGAGAGGAAACCCAGCUGUCUUUACAGAUGACAGUGAUCCAAUCACGAUUAAAAAAACAAUUUCCAGUAAGACAGUUGUGUCCCUGGAACCCAACUGGCCUGUGAUAUUCAGUGGCGAGAUGAUCACUGUUAGGUGUGCGAUUUAUGGCGAUGGAAGCAUUGAGUGGGAGUAUGAAUGGAGCAAACCCGACUCAAACGCAGUUCUGACAAACAAUGAAUGCAGAAUUAUUAACGCCUCUGUGCUCAGCAGUGGGAUCUACAGCUGUAUGGGUAAAAACAAACGGGACUUGUACUCGGUAACAGAGUGGAGCGAUGCCAUCACACUGAUAGUUUCUGGACACAGACCAAAGGCCAGCAUCAGUGCUGACAACAGAGUCUUUCUAGAAGGAGACAGAGUGGUCCUGACCUGCUCUGUGAAACCAUCAUCUUCUGGUUGGAGUUACUAUUGGUACAAAGGCAAGAAAACCUCAGAACCACUGACGACGGCAGAGGCUGUUUUCCACUCUGUCGGACAAAUCAGUGUAUCACAGGAAGGAGACUACCGGUGUAGAGGAGGGAGAGGAAACCCUGUUUACUUCACAGAGUACAGUGAUCUGAUCAGUAUUAAAAAAAUUGUCACAAACAGGCCGGUUGUGACUCUGCAUCCAAACUGGCCUGAGAUAUACAGAGGAGAGACUUUUACUUUGAAAUGUGAGCUCCCAGGAAGAGAUACUGAGUGGGAUUAUGAAUGGGAAACAACCAGUUUAUAUAAACCUCCAAAGCAAAAUAAAUUCAGGAUUUCCACUGCUUCUCCACUUGUAUCACACAGUGGCCACUACUGGUGUAAGGGAAGAGUGAAAAGUGCACAACAGAAUUCAACAAUGUGGAGUGGAUCCUUCGAACUAAAACUACACGGUCAAACACAGCCUGUCCUCACUGUGUCUCCAUCAUGGCUGAGUCCUGGAGCCUCAGUAACUCUGAACUGUGAGGUUAAACAUCCGUCUGCAGGAUGGAGCUUCUACUGGUAUAAAGCUGUGUCCCAGAUCUCAAACAUGUAUUACUCUUCCUACAUGCGAUUCACCAGGAUUCACUAUGAUAGAUGGCGUCACCUCUACAGAUAUGAAUUAUUACCUGGAAGCAUCAGUGGGACUGCACAGGACUCCUACAUCAUUGAUGGACAGACACACACAGCAGGAUAUGUGUGUAGAGCUGGAAGAGGAGACCCAGAGUAUCACACUGAUCACAGUGAACCAAAGUUUGUCUGGUCUGCAGAUUUUCAUUCAGCAGCCUCCCUCACAGUCAGUCCCAACAGAGUGCAGCACUUAAUUUAUGAAUCUGUGUCACUGACCUGUUCUGUAAACUCUUCUUCGUGGAGAGUGAUGAGAUUUGAUGAACAUGGCUAUCUGAGCCAACUCCCAGACUGUCCCAACUGGAGGACAAUGACAAGAUCCACAUGCAACAUAGAAAGGCACAGGCAUCGGGCUGCAGUGUAUUGGUGUGAGACUGAAUCUGGAGAGUUCAGCAAUGGAGUCAACAUCACUCUACAUGGUACGAAUGCUAUCCUGGUGAGCCCUGUCCAUCCAGUGAGUGAGGGGGACUCUGUCGCUCUUGGCUGCAAAUUGAGGGCAGGAAACUUGAAUUCCACUGUUGCCUUCUACAAAAAUAUGAAACUAAUUCAGAAGGACGACAGACAAAAUCUAAACAUCUCUGCAGUGUCAAAGUCUGAUGAAGGCUUCUACAAGUGUGAAUAUUCAGGGCACCAGUCGCAAGAAAGCUGGAUGUCAGUAAAAGCAUCCAGGUCCUCACUUUCUCUCUCUCUGAUCACUGGGCUGGUUUGUGGCAUCUCACUGAUUCUCCUCCUGCCCCUGCUGCUCGUCUGUUGGUACAGAAAAUCAAAGGGUACACUUUGUAUCAGACUAGCCGAGUCUCAGGAACCCGGUCAGAUCACUGCCACAGUUCAAUCUGUCAGCCAGGACGAAAAUCAGCAGCACAUAUACUCCUCUCUUCUUCACGGUGAUGCUAAUAUCUAUGAGUCAUGCAGACGCUCUGAAAAUGCCGGUGAACAGACAGAUGACCACGGAAAUAUUACAUCUCAAAUCCAGCUCAGAAGCAUUGGACAGAGGAGAAAGUGUGAUGAUCCAGAGGAAAACUCUGACUACCAUAAUGUAAAUCCAAACUCGCCUACAGUUCCCUAAAACAUGCAGGUGCAGCAUCAAUAAAACAAGCGAAGCCUGGACAGCAACAUGAAAAAAACAAACAAAAAAACAUGAAUUCUCAAACAUUUUAACUUUAGCAUCAUUACAACUGCUGUAUGAUAAAGCUGAUGAGCCAUACCAUGAAAAUAUGUGAAAGAGUUUUUAAAGAUAGAUUAAAAAAAACAGGUGAUGAUCACUGAGCAGCAGUAUUAAUUCAUAUUAAGAGAGCUGUAUAGAGAAGGUCAGUGGGUCAGCAUUGUUUGUUUGUGGACCUAGAUAAAGCUUAUGAUAGGGUGCAAAGAGAGGAACUGUAGUACUGCAUGAGAACAUUAGGAGUAGCAGAGAAGUAUAUGAGGGUGGUGCAGGACAUGUAUGAGGACAGUGGUGAGGUGUGCAAUAGGAGUGACAGAUGGGCUUAAAAUUGGGGUGGGAUUACAUCAGGGAUCAGCUCUGAGCCCCUUCCUGUUUGCUGUGGUGACGGACAGAUGAGGUACAUGCGUGUGAAUGAGAGAGAGACAGGUUGAAAGGUGAGUGUGCAAGUAGUUGAGUUUAAAUACCUUGGGUCAACCAUCCAAAGUAACGGACAUCGCAGAAUAGAGCUUAAGAAGAGUGCAG